CAGCAGAUCCACGAAACUACGCCGAUCUCAGCCUCCCGCCUGAUUGGCGCCCUGACUCUCUGCCUUUGCAUUUCCUGUACUAUUGGAGAUUGGGAUUGAGAUUGAUUGUUCUGCUUGCUCAUUACGCUUCACACCUCGCAACAACAGUUAUGGCAAUGCAUCUCGUCUCGAUUAACAGCCCUCGCCACCCAUCUCCCUCUUGAUUGCCGCUGUCUACGAUCCCACCCCGUGCCUAGGUUCUCGAUCCUCCAGGGCCAGACCCGCCGUCCCUUGUCCGUGAAGUCUUCCCUGCGGCCACCAUCCGUCCCUGAUCUCUGGAUCUCUGGGUCCCUCCUCCACCUUCUUAUCAAUGCUCCUAUUCCAAUCGAGCCUUAGUGACUCCAUCAUCAACGGUCCGCCUGUUCUAGUCGCACACUAGGCCCAACCCAGAAGGCUGGGGGGGUUCUCUCGUACCCAGUUCCAACCUUGGAGCACGAGCUGCAAUACUACAAUAUCAUAUAUCCAGAGCCAUGGCUUUUCCUGGCAGCACAUAUCAUGCAGACUCAGACGCCGACGACGAGUACGAAAGGAGUGUCAUGACUUCUCCAACCCAGCUGCACACAGAUUCGGAAACCUCCUCUGAGCCUCAUUCCAACGAGCAUACUCCCACCACCUUUGACCAUCCCGGCGAAGAUCCAAACCUACCCAGAACAGUCAUUACAGAAUGGUCUCCAGAAGACUGCGCCCAAUUUGUCACCAGUCUGAACCUGCGCCAGUAUCGUGAGGCCUUCAUUGAACAGGGCAUCGAUGGCGAAGUGCUCAUAGCCCUCAAGCACGAUGAGUUGAAAGAGAUGGGGAUUGCCAGUGUCGGCCACAGACUCACCAUAUUGAAAAAUGUCUAUGAAAUGAAGGUCCGGCAAGACAUCCCGGUCGAACCUGAUGAUUAUGUUCCUCCAACCGCCGAAAGAAACCCUCAGUAUGAGAUGGCAAGCAAAGAAGACAUUGCCAGAAUAGCUAGAACCCUCAUUCGAUUAAGAGAUGAACGAAUUGCUCAGACUGAGGCUCAGUUGACCCGACUGGCCGAUGACUACCGCAGACUACGACAAGAACUCCUCCCCGUCUUCAAAAUGGCCAAAGAACGAUCCGAACCUCUCCCUUAUGCCCCCUAUCAUAAUAAUAACAGCAACAUCAUCAACUCGGAGGUCUAUCAACAAGAACUAUCCUCGCCAGCGAUUCAAACACAACCCAUACCUGAAAAGACCAGCCUCACCCGCACAUUCUCCAAGAAACUGGGUCUGAGCUCGACACCAAAGACCAACUCUCCCACACAUAUCCCGAGCACUAUUCACGAGGGUAGGGCUUUCACCACAGACCACUCCUCCCUUGAUCCGUCGGCCGCCGCAAGUCUAGCUUCCAACACGCUAACAGCAUCAAUGUCAGGCGGCAUGCUCCCCCAUCCUUCACCCGGCGUUCCCUCACCUACCUCUCCUUUACCCUACCAACACCAACCUCUCGCCCCUCGCUCCUAUCAACGAGACGUUAACAAUGGACUUGCACGAUACGACGCGACAGAAGACCUCCUCCGCGACCGCGACCCCCCCAACUCAGCCAAAUCUGCUUCGGCAAAACUCAACCCAUCAAAUUCUAUUAUAUCCAACGCAUCGACCCUUGUACCUUCCCGAGAAAUGUCAGCCUCAGUCCCACCUCAACUCACAUCCUCUUCUGCGGCCAAUAGUGCUUCUUCGGGAGCUCACACCCCGGCAGCAGGUGAAGCUCCCUCUGUGGAAAUCUUCAAAUCGUUUAGGGUGGGCUUGGAAGAUCCUUGCCACAAAGUUCUGCCUGCUGCACUACGCAAGUAUAAUAUACAAGCGGAUUGGAGGCAGUAUGCCUUGUACAUUGUCUACGGCGACCAGGAGCGGUGUGUGGGGCUAGAGGAGAAGCCUCUUGCUCUAUUUAAGGAUCUCGACCGGGAGGGCAAGAAACCAAUGUUCAUGUUGAGGAAACUAGCCAAUCCCAUUGGAGAUGUCCCAGGCUCCGGAGGCAAGCCAUUGGGAUCCGCAGGCGGUGGAUUGGGGCCGUCUGGCGGCGGAGGGGGUCUCGGCGGUUCCAGCAUUCUUAACGGGCGAGGAGGACUGGGCCGAGAACUCCCAGGAGGUGUUUUGUGAUGGCCUGGAGCCUGGAGCCUUGAAUCUGGAAUCUGGAAUGUUUGUCAAGACAGAGCGAGCAUCUUUGGCACGAUUCACCAGCAGAAGUACUUUUUUGGAAUUUGGCCCUUUUGAGACUUUCAAGGUCCGCAUGGCUUGCGAUUUUGAUUUGGAAUAGUAGCGGUUAUGAGAGAAAGCAAAUUCGAGUUCCUUGUCACUCCUAAUGAAUUGUAAGCCAAGCAAUUGUAGGUAUAGAAUCUGUAUGAAUACAACCGUGAUCGAGAGGAUGA